AAAAUAGAAAACAAACAAAAAUUUCUCGCGACGGUCGUGUCUCGUGGUUUUGUUUCGGGUUCGCGAUUUCGGUUCUGUGUUCCGGAUUGUGGCUUCCAAGCUUCCUUAGGCUAAAUCGAUGACCAGUUUGAGGGUUCAAUCAGCGGCAAUGUAGAGGCAGAACCGGAGGAUGCCACACAGGUAGAAGAAAUGUCAAAUAAUCGAGCAGGAAGAGUGUGUUCGCGUUCUACCCGCGCCCCGUGUAUUUGUGUGCGUGUGUGGAUUGGUGGUGUUUGUGCCAUUCAGUAGCAGCAGCAGCAGCAGUAGAGUUUUGCCUAGAUGUUUGUGCUUGUAUUUUGUUGAAUGGUAGCGAGCAAGCAAACAAGAAAAGGGUAUACGCACUACUUGGAGAAUGCAAAGCUAAUUUGCAGCCCCGAUAUGCAAUAAAUGCAGCUGCUUUUAUGCUGCGCAAAGGGAGGCAACAUAAUCGUCUGCGAAGGAAAAGUCAAGAAUUCAAUACAUUGAGAGAGAAGGUGGUGCGCUAGUGUGUGCGGUUGAAGGAAGAGCUCAGUUGCAGAGGAAAGAAAAAGUUUCAAAAUGUUGUGAAGAAAUUUUUGGUUGGCCAAAAAUUGUAGCUAAAGAAGGUGUGUGCGUGCGAGUCCGUCCGGCUGUAUAUGUGUGUGCAGUUUUUCGGUCACGGGCAGAACCUGGCAAGUAAUGUGUAAAAAUUCGUGGUUCCCGGUUGUCCACCACGAUGGGAAAGUCCAAGUUUCCCGGCAAGCCGUCCCGUUUGGUGAACAAGAAGCGCGUCUCGGUGCUGUCCGGGGCCGGGCUCAGCACCCUAGCCAGCGGCUGCAGCAGCGAUGAGGACAACAACCAGCACCAGGAAAAUUCGUCGUCGACGACGACCACGGAAAAGUUGAACCACCAGCAGCAAUCACCAAUACAUUCGCAGCAUCAGCAGCAACAACAACAGCAGCAGCAAAAGCAAAAUCAGCAGCAGCAGCAGCAGCCGUCACCGAAGGCAUCAACGUUAUUAGACAAUGAAGAAAUUGAUCAAGAUGGCGAUGAAGAUGUUAGUAAGGUUAGUACAAGUACACACUCCCGAGCGUGUUGACAUUUUUCUUGUAUAACCCGCGAACCCCCCUUUCGUUUAUUCCACAAAAACUUUG